AUGGAAACACUGAAGAAGAAUCCAUCAAUCAGAAGAAAAAGCAAGUUAGCAAGAACAUUCCAGAAGGUAUGCAACUUGAGAACGACCUCAACGAAAGUCUCUUCCAACAACGGAAUCGGAAUCUGUAUGUUAAAAUCACAGAACCCAAAUUUCGCCGUCGAUGAUGAUGACGACGGUGAUAGAGAUUCCGUUUUCGAUCUGAAAAGUACUACUUCGAGUAGUAGAAGUGGAGAGAUGAAGGUUAAAGAGCGACGGAGAGCUGUUUUAGAAGCGGUAAUUGCUAAGAUCUUCGCUAGUACAACUUCCAUUAAAGCUGCUUACGCAGAGCUUCAAAUGGCGCAACGUCCGUACGAUAACUCCGCUAUACAAGCGGCGGAUACGGCGGUUGUUGAAGAGCUUAGAUCGUUAUCGGAGCUUAAACGGAGUUUUCUGAGGAACGAGUUGAAUCUAUCGCCACAAGUUGCGAUUAUGCUCGCUGAGAUCCAAGAGCAACAGAGUUUGAUGAGAACUUACGAAAUCACAAUCAGAAAACUCGAAUCGGAAGUUACGGAGAAGCAAUUAAGGAUCGAUUCGUUGAAUACGAAUCUGGAAGAAACGAUUUCGUUUAACAAAUCGAUUGAGAAGAAACUCACCACCGCGAGUGGAUUCGAUGAAAUCCAGUUUUCGAAUUUGAAUCUGAAUCACUUUGUUCAGAUUCUAGGGUUUAGUUUGAGAUCUGUACGUAGCUUCGUCAAAUCGAUGGUUAGAGAAAUGGAAUCUGCAAGCUGGGAUCUCGACGCCGCCGCUUCCGCAGCCGUAUCCAUAACCGUUAAAAACUCCUCCUCGUCCUCCGCCGUAUUCGCAAGGCCGAGCCACCGUUGUUUCGCUUUCGAAUCGUUCGUAUGCCGGAAAAUGCUUGAGAAUUUCGAAUCUCCGAAUUUUUGCUCCGACGAGAAACAGCCGAGCCGUGAGCAAUUCUUUAACCGUUUCAAAAACCUAAGAUCCGUUGACCCGAUUCAGUACUUGACCCGAAACCCGGCUUCGUCGUUUGCGAAAUUCACGCUACAGAAAUACUUGAGCGUUGUACACGCGAAGAUGGAGUGUUCGUUGUUCGGUAACUUGAACCAGAGGAAGCUGGUUAACUCGGGCGGGUUUCCGGAUUCGGGUUUUUUCGCGACGUUCUGUGAAAUGGCUAAACGGAUCUGGCUUUUACACUGCUCGGCGUUUUCACUCGGAGAAAACGUCACGGUGUUUCAGAUCAGAAGAGGUUGUAGAUUCUCUCAUGUGUAUAUGGAGAGUGUGAAAUCAGGCGACGAGUCUUCCUUCUCCGGCGAUAAUAAUUCAGAUAUCCGGGUCGGGUUUACGGUUGUUCCCGGGUUUAAAAUCGGAGAUAUCGUGGUACAGAGCCAAGUUUACUUGUCUCCGGUGACCGGAUAA